GACCCCUCAUCCCGACAUCUCAACAUUCACAUCUGCAUUCCUCCCAUCCCAUCCACUCCUCUCCACCAUGUCUACAGCCUUCGACAUUGUCGCCGGCCCGACCUUCCGCCCGGGCCGACGCGCUGAGCUGGAGCGCGGUCGCCCUUAUGUCUUCGAGCCCCUCGUCGCCCCCUCCUCCAGCGCCAAGCUCACCCUCCUCACGCUUCGCGGUCAAGGCCGCUCCUACGAUGUCUACCACGCGAUGCUGGGGAAUACACCUGUCGUCGCCAAGAUCUGCGACCCAUGGCUCGCCGCCGGCGAGCAGCAGCUUGACCGGCGGCGGAACGGCAGCGCCAGCGCCAACGGCGCCACCAACGAAGAAGGCGAGGAGGAGGACGAUGACGCCGACGCCGCCGUUCCGGACCGCCGCGCGGCGAUGGAGCGCGAGGCGCGCCUCUACACUGCUCUGCAGGGGCUACAGGGGAGCGUGGUGCCGCGCUUCUACGGGCUGUGGCGCGGGACGUGUCCCUCUAAGUCGCCGUACCGACCCGAUUACGAGUUGCUGGUCAUGGCGGUCGAGGACGUCGGCGAGAGCCUGCAGGCGAAAGUGCGAGACUGGGCACAGGCGAAGGAAUACGCAGAUGCCAUUCGGGCUGCAUACGACAAGCUGCACACUGCCGGAAUCGUGCAUAACGACGUCAACCUCUGCAACAUCAUGGUGUCGGGGCCGCGGUUGUCACUCGUCGACUUCGAGGGCGCGUUGCGGACGGGCGAGGCGGAGUUCGAGGAUGCCCUCAAGGCCGAGCAGGGCAUGCUUGCGCAGGUCACGGCAUGAGCUGCGGGCACCGUCGGUCAUGUAUAUCAUUGCAUUUUGCCGCACAGGCUGACUCGACGGCUUUUUUAUUCACCCAGGACUGGGAGCACGUAGGACUGGAAGUGAGGGGAGAUGGCAGGUUCACUCACCGCCCACUUCCACAUGCCGAGGUUGUCCCACUUUCGCGUGCAACACGUCAUGUCGUGUGAGGCUGGCCAGGCACUCACCAAGUUUGUCGUCACGAGACCUGACGGGCGGCGUGUCUCUCAGCAGCUGUUCAAUCUUGCAAAGUUACUUAGUGGCCACAGGACUCCAGAUGAUACCACUCUACCAGAUGAUUCCACUCCACGCAAGCUCGAGGGAUAUCUGAGGAUCCUACGUCUCUCCGCA